CUCGGAUGAGUUGUCGUCUGCAUAGAUGUGCGGGAAAACAAAAUUGUGCUUUCCGAAGGUCACACGGACAAAUUUAGCUUACCUGGCGAUAUUUCAAACUUUCAUUAAUUCUGGAAGGCAAAAGAAGAGAAUAACAAGUGGAUAAAGCUGCUAAAGAAAAUGGCAAGAGGUGGCCCAAAUUUGGAGGCCAUGAAGAAUCUGGAUCUGAACCAGUUUCUGGACAAAGAUAUUGACCUUACUCAGUUCUUCAGUCAACAGGAGCUGGAUGAUAUGGGAAUUCAUCAGCAAACAAGACUGAAAAACAUUGCACAGAAUUAUGAGAUUAUGCUCUAUAUGGGUUUGCCUGCAAUUAAACCCGACUUCAUGAAAGGUUGUUCUAAUAGAGCCAAGGAACUGAAAAGAAGGAACCAGGUCAGCCAUACUACCACUCUACCUACUAAGAAUAAAAUCACAUGUUCUGAUUCUGACAGUGAUGAAACUUGGACUCCAGAUUUAGAAAGAAAGAAAAGAGCUAAAGAAAAUAAGGUUUAUCCUACUUUCUCAGCACCAAGAAAGCGAAAAUGUAAAGUUGAUGAUAUAAAAGAGAAAAAAACCAAGGCCUUGAAGAAAUCUAGUGACAGUACUUCAAAGAAAAGGGUAUAUGAAUUUAGAGAAAGAAAAGCAGUGAACUUCAUGCAUCUUGAAGCUCCAGAUGAUGAUCAUUUUCUGUACUGUGAGGAUUGUAACAAAGAGUAUGACAUGGAUUGUCCUAUACAUGGACCAUUGCAGUAUAUUAGAGAUACAGUGGUAAACUUAGAAUAUGAUGAAGAUAGAGCUUUGCAUACAUUGCCUCCAGGUUUGGUUGUUAAGCCAUCUAGUAUUAUUGGGGCUGGUUUAGGAGUGUUUACUGAGAGAGAAAUUCCACCUCGUGUCAUGUUUGGACCAUAUGGAGGUGUUGAGAUACACGAUGAGAUGACAGCUCAUGACUCUGGCUACUGUUGGCAGAUUUAUGCAAAUGGUAAGCCGAGCCAUUUUGUGGAUGCUCGAGAUAAAGUAACUUCAAACUGGAUGAGAUAUGUAAAUUGUGCACCCAGUGAAUCUGAACAAAAUCUUGUAGCAUUUCAAUUCAAGGGCAAUAUUUAUUAUCGGUCUUACAAAACAAUAUUCCCUGGAACUGAACUGCUUUGCUGGUAUGGCAAUGAAUAUGGGAGGGAACUUGGACUUGUGCGAGAUAAAAACCUACUUAUCAGACCUAAACUUGUAAAUGGUCAAGAGUGCUUUUCCUGUGUGUUUUGUAAGAUAUCAUUUACCACUGCAGUUUAUAAUGUUAGACAUCUCCUUCACGUGCAUGGUAAAAACAAACUUUCUCAAACUGAUAUUCAAGUGCUUGAUGCAUGGCUGCGAAAAAAUGAUGCAGAGGAAUAUUCUAAAGGAAGGGAAAAAAGACGUAAUAGGAGUGUUAAAAAUCACUCUGGACAACCUACAAAACCAAAUAAAAAUUUUCAGCAAGUAGGUCAAGAUACACAUCAAAAUGCUGAAGAAAAAUUGUGGAAGGAAAAUAAUCUUUAUUGCACAGAUAGUAAAAGUGCAGUAUAUAAAAGUAAACAUGAGGGAGAGAAACAUUAUAAAUGUGAUGCUUGUGAUUAUGCAAGUAGUAAUAGUGGUAAUCUAAAGAGACAUAAGAGAAUACAUACAGGAGAGAAAAGUUUUAAAUGUGAUGUUUGUGAUUAUGCAAGUAAUCAAAUUGAUCACCUAAAGAGGCAUAAAAAAAUACAUACAGGAGAGAAAUGUUUUAAAUGUGAUGUUUGUGAUUAUGCAUGUAAUACAAGUAGUUAUCUAAAGACACAUAAGAGAAUACAUACAGGAGAGAAAUGUUUUAAAUGUGAUGUUUGUGAUUAUGCAUAUAAUACAAGUAGUUAUCUAAAGACACAUAAGAGAAUACAUACAGGAGAGAAAUGUUUUAAAUGUGAUGUUUGUGAUUAUGCAUGUAAUACAAGUGGUAAUCUAAAGAGACAUAAGAGAAUACAUACAGGAGAGAAAUGUUUUAAAUGUGAUGUUUGUGAUUAUGCAAGUAAUCAAAGUGGUGCUCUAAACAGACAUAAGAGAAUGCAUACAGGAGAGAAAUGUUUUAAAUGUGAUGUUUGUGAUUAUGCAUGUAAUCAAAGUGGUAAUCUAAAGGCACAUAAGAGAAAACAUACAGAGAAAAACUUAGAUAAAAUAGAAUAAGUUUAGAAUGUGAUUUUUCAAUGAAUAAUCAAAAAAUAAAUUAUGUUUGACGUUGUUGUUUAGUGUGUAUUCACAAAAAGUGCCAAAUGUAGACUACCUCAUGUUUUAGAACACAUUUAAUGAGUAAAGACAUUAAAAAUAAUGAAUAUAGAAUAAUUUCACGUCUUUAGUUAUGUACACAUUCGACACUUCUCAACAUUAAUUUUGUGUGCAUGCAUGCUAAUAGUUACAGUAACGCAAAGUAAAUAUUUCAGAUUUCAGUUAGUUAACCAAUACUAUCAGAUUGGAUAUGUUCCAACUAAGAAAAUAAAUACCUAUAAUCCUAUAUGGGUGUGUUUUGUCCAGAAAUAAAAAAAAUUAAAAGCUAUUUGUCAUUGUAAUAUGGCACUUACAACUAUGAACAUACUGAGAAUUGGAAAAUGAUUCUUUCAAAAAAUACUUUUUUUCCAAAAUUUAACUUUGAAACCACCUCUAUUAGAUGGGAAAUGUCCUAACUAAGAAAAUGAGUAC